AUGGAGCUACUCACCGGCGGCGUCAGCGUGGUCCAACUCGGCGGCGGUAGCUCCUCCUCGGCAUCGGCGCGGUCCAACUCGGCGGCGGCGGCUCCUCCUCGACGUCGGCGUGGUCCAACUCUGCGGCGGCGGCUCCUCCUCACCGUCGGCGCGGUCCUCCUCGGUGGGGGGAUGAGGUGCGGGGUGGCGGCACCUCGUCGGGGCAGCGGCAUCGUGCGGUGGCCCUCCUCGUCGGAGGCGGCGGACGGAGGGAGAGCGCAGGCGGCGGCGGCAAGGGAGAGCGCGGGCGGCGGACGGAGGGACAACUUGACGACACAGUUGAAACUGUCACUGAUAGUGGUGUUCGAAGCAGCUGGCACUGUUGCGCGGCUCAUGGAGGAGGAGCGCGGGCGGAUCCACGAGAUCUGCGCGUGCCUCCACGAGGGAGAGCGGGAGCAGCACCUCCACGAGAUCGUCCUGCAAAAUGGAUAUCCUAAUGCAUACGACAUCAUGCUUUCCAAUAUGAUGGCUCUAUUCGAUCGUGUUCUGUUGGAUGUGCAGAAUCCAUUUACCUUUCCACCUUAUCACACAGCUGUCAGAGAACCAUUCGACUACUACAUGUUUGGUCAGAACUACAUUAGGCCACUGAUAGAUUUUAGGUAA